GGCAUUUUAAAUUUUAAAUACCCAUUAAUAUGGUUGUAAUUGUUAACGUGGGGAACGGCUAAAUUAUUUAAUUAUUUAAUUAAAUUAAAAGCCAGCAUAGAUCUCAAAGAGUAAAUUGUAGUGGCAUCAGUAAUUCAAAAGGUGAGUUCACAUUUUCUUGAUGGGUUUCAUCGGAGAAAAAAGAUAUGGUCAGUUCCAUGUGUCCAUUAAAUUUUGUCCCAGGAAUUUCAUUGACCCACGAAGGCUUUUCUUCUUACAUUCCUGCUUACUUCUUUAGCAUUACUCCACAUUAAGAGACGAGGUAGAGGGGGGAAAAAGAGGCAGAGAAUAAAUACCAGCCUUCACAUAUGAUCACUACAAAAAAAGCCCCACCUUCGCGGUUCGCGACAUCAUGGCCGGAAGCAACUACACUUCCGAAGACGAAGACACUGUGAGUGCGAAACCUGAGAAGAAGCGAGGAACUAAGACGAAAAGUCGCGACGAUGGCAGCAAGAAGAUGUCGCGCGCAUCCAAGGCGAAAUCCGAAGACGAAGAGGACGUCGAUGGCGGCAGUUGCGCGCAGUCGGGAGCAGAAAGCGGACGCAAUUCUCGCAUGACGAAGGAAAAGGGUAGCAAAAACUCCGGCAGUAGAUCAAAGUCAAACAAGGGUAGCGUACGUCGAGCAGAUGAGGACAGGACUGUCAGUGACGUUGACGAGGAGGAGGAGGACGCCGCCGACCGGCGCCAGACUUCGCGGCGCAACACGGAUAAGGACGCCAAGGCGGCGGACAUCCCCGACGACGCCGAACCAUCGGAGGUGCUCGGCCUGGGCGCUGUGGUGCCUCGUGGUAGCGUGUGGAACGUACCCACCGAGGUCUGUGUGGGUGACAAGUACGUGGUUAUAGGUCGGUGUCCCACGGGUACCAAACCCGUCGCCAUUGACCUCUGGGCCCCGUAUCCCAAGGACAAGGCUAUUUCGGUGAAGAUGUUUAUGGGCCUGUGCAGGUUCCAGAUCUCGGCCAAGUGCGACGGGAAACCCAAGGCGUGCACUUGCCCGGCCAAGGGCGACGAUUACCCGUUUGAGAAGGACAAGGAGUUCAAGAUCAUCAUUGCAGUGACCAAGGACAAUUACGUGGUCAAGUUCUAUGGGACACGAGGCCAGGGCGUCGGCACCAUGAAGCACGUUCUGCCUGUCGAGCAAAUCGACACCUUCAGCAUCACCAACGCCGAGAUGAUCUUCAAGGCACUCAAGUACUGUUGAGAGGACGAGACGACGAAAAGAGAUUGUGUGUGUGUGUGCCUGUGUGUUUGUGACGUGUUUCCAUCUUAGAUAUAUACAGACAGAAUCUCAGACUGACUCAUUUCUUCCUGAGCUUCCUCAGCAUCUUGUCAAUUUUUUCCAAUGAUUUUCUUCGUACUUGCUGAAUCAUAAAAAAAUAAAGAUCAACAUUUUUUCGCGAA